UGAUAAUGAAAAUCCGACCCGCGACAUUUUGACGGUGCGCUACUUUCCGCAAAUGUUUCGAAAAUUAAUUUUCGAGCCCAAUAAGCUUUUUCAGAAUGUCAAGUGCGUUCGCACUUUGAAAGUUCAUGAAUAUUCGGCAAUGGAAUUAUUAAAAAAGUACGAAAUACCUGUUCCAAAGUUUGUAGUUGUUCGGAAUGUGGAUGAGGUCAGAGCUACUUGUAAAGAAUUCGGCAUUUUACCUGAAAGUGAAUUAGAAAAUUCAGGUGAGACUACAGAGAGCACAGAUAUGGUGUUGAAAGCACAAGUGUUAGCUGGUGGCCGUGGUAAAGGUAUUUGGGAUAGCGGAUUAAAAGGUGGAGUUAAAAUUGUAUACAAUGUAGAAGAAGCCAUAAAUGUAGCUAAUCACAUGCUUGGUCAUCGAAUCUACACUGCACAAACUGGUGACACCGGCCAAUUAUGCAAUACAUUACUAGCAUGUGAACGUAAAUAUUCUCGACGUGAACAUUAUCUAGCUAUUGUCCUAGAUCGUUCUAGUGGUGGACCAGUAAUGAUUGGUUGUCAACAGGGUGGUGUAAAUAUUGAAGAUAUAGCACGUGAUAAUCCAGAUGCUUUAAUUAAAAUUCCAGUUGAUAUCAACAAAGGUUUAGAUAAAAAAGAUGCCCUAUUUAUGGCGCAUAAAUUAGGUUUUACACAUCCAGAUGAAGCAGCUGUAUACAUUGAACGACUUUAUAAACUCUUUGAUUCAUCCGAUUGUACACUGUUAGAAAUUAAUCCAAUUUCUCAAGAUAUAAAUGGAAAAGUUGUUUGUAUGGAUUGUAAAAUGAAUUUCGAUGAUAAUGCCGCAUUUCGACAGAAAGAGAUUUUUGCACAACGUGAUUGGUCACAAGAAGAUGAACGUGAUGUGAAAGCAUCAAAGGCUGGAUUAAAUUAUAUUGGUUUAGAUGGAAAUAUUGGUUGUUUAGUUAACGGAGCUGGUUUAGCUAUGGCUACUAUGGACUUAAUUCAAUUGCAUGGUGGUAAUCCAGCAAAUUUUCUUGAUAUCGGCGGUGGAGCGACAGCUGCUCAAGUGACUGAAGCUUUUCGUUUAAUUGUAUCUGAUUCGAAGGUCAAUGCUAUACUAGUAAAUAUUUUCGGUGGUAUUAUGCGUUGUGAUGUGAUUGCACAAGGUAUUGUAACUGCUGCUACAGAAUUAAAUAUAAAAGUACCAAUUGUUGUACGACUGCAAGGAACUAGAGUUGAAGACGCUAAAGCAAUUCUUGCUACAAGUCAUAUGAAAAUUCUAGGUUGUAGUGAUUUAGAUGAAGCUGCUCAAAUGUCUGUUAAACUCGCUAAUAUUGUUCAUUUGGCUCGUGAAGCUGCUAUAAAUGUGAAAUUCGAACUGCCUUAUUAAUUAAUAAUGUGAUUAUAGUAAUAUUAUUAUAAUAAGCAAAAAAGUAUGGUUCGAAGGAAUGGGUGCAUCACGUUAUGUUGAAUUGUGAUGAAUCCAGUAGCUCGGUUUAUAUUAUUAUUAUUAUUAUUAUUACUAUUAUUAUUAUUAUUAU